GAUGACUAUUGAUGGGAAGCUAUUGUUGGCACCACAGGAAUUGUCCUAUGGUUUCCCACAGGGUCCCGCAUUUUGUCCCCUUUGCUGUCUUGACAUCUGGGAGUUGUCAUCAGGAGGUCUGGAGUGAAGUGUCAUCAAUAUAUGGUUCGCACUCGGCUCCAUCUCUCUGUCCCAUCUGAAUCGGGAGAGGCUUUCGAGGUGCAAACUGCAUCUGUUGCAGCGAAACUAUAUUUAAACUGUAAUCUUCACCAACUGUAAUCUUUGCAUUCCCUUGCCAUUCAACUCCCACCUUUCGAUAUUCUCCUUUUAGAUACCGGCCACCUAAGAUUUCGCACCGGGUAUCUGACGACAUAGGCUCGAGUCCAUGGGAGCUUUAUGCCAUGAUAAAUUUGUGGUGCCACAAGAUUCUUCUGUGCUUUUUGUGUCUGAAAGAAACCCUUCGACUGUGAAUUGAAGCUGGAGGACAGACCCAAGAUGGCUUCACCGGCAGACAGUUGCAUCCAGUUCACCCGACACGCGAGCGACGUCCUCCUCAAUCUCAACCGCCUCAGGAGCAGGGAUAUCCUGACGGACGUGGUGAUCAUCGUCAACCGGGAACAGUUCCGAGCCCACAAAACAGUCCUGAUGGCCUGCAGUGGCCUUUUCUACAGCAUUUUCACCGAUCAGCUGAAGUGCAAUUUGAACGUCAUCAACUUGGACCCAGAGAUCAACCCCGAAGGCUUUGGCAUCCUCCUUGAGUUCAUGUACACCUCCCGUCUCAACCUGCGGGAGAGCAACAUCAUGGCAGUCAUGACCACGGCUCUCUACCUGCAGAUGGAACACGUGGUAGAUACGUGCCGGAGGCUGGUCAACACCAGUGACACAGAGAUGAUGUCUGCCGUGAAGACUCAGCGGGAAGACUUUCUGGGCGGUCGCCUGGCCAGCCACCCGGACAUGAUGGCUUACAGGAGCAGCAGGGAAGUCUCCGAAAGCGGGCUGCCUCUCCGAAACGGGUCCAUCUGCGACGGAAGAGCCUUCGUCCCCGGCUUGUACAGCGGCCUUUCGGGCUCCCCCAUCUCCUACACUGGAUACAGCCCCAUGCCGGUCGGCGGGUACCUCUUCUCAGACGAUGAGCUGCGAGAAGCAAGGAUGCCCCUGUCGGACAUUUCCAGGGCCAACCCUUUCCCGAGGGAGCGGGCGCUGCCGUGCGGCGCAUCCCGGACGGGCGCUGCCGGUUAUGCCCGGAGCGUCACCGAGGUAUCGCCCGGCAUGUGCCAGGCCGCCAUCUACUCCCCGAAGAAAGCUGCUGCCGAAGAGGUCAAAAAUGAUGUGCACUACAGCGGCGCCCCUGCCCCCAAGCCUGCUGCCCCCUUGGUAGCCCGCAACAGCGCCUACUUCCCCUGCGACAAGGCAGGGAAAGAGGAGGAAAGGUCCCCAGCCGAAGACGACAUCAGCCAGCGCUUCGAGGCAAGCAACGCCCCCAUGAACCGCAAGGUCCUGGUCAGCCCCCAGAGCCCGCAGAAGUCAGACUGCCAGCCCAACUCGCCCACCGAGUCCAGCAGCAGCAAGAACGCCUGCAUCGGGCAAGGGCCCAGCGGGCCGCCCUCGGCCAAAAGCCCCACUGACCCCAAGGCUUGCAACUGGAAGAAGUACAAGUUCAUUGUGCUCAAUUCGCUCAACCAGAGUGCCAAGGCGGACGGCCCUGAGCAGGGCGAGGCGGGGACCCUCUCCCCCCACACCUAUGCCCCCUCCCUGACCUGCCAGCAGUCGAUGGAGCCUGAGAGCUUGGAUGUUCAGUCCCCCACCAAGAUGAGCGUCAACGGGGAGGACUCGACGAUCCCUCAGGCCAGUAGGCUGAACAACAUCGUCAACAGGUCGCUAGAUGGGUCUCCUCGCGGCAGCGACGACCAGUCGCCUUUGUACCUGCACUCUUCCAAGUGCAGCUCCUGCGGUUCGCAAUCCCCCCAGCAUUCUGAGCUGUGCCUUCAGACCCCCGGCUCACACUUCGGAGAAGAGAUGGGAGAAACGCAAUCGGAAUACUCCGACUCCAGUUGUGAGAACGGAACCUUUUUCUGCAACGAGUGCCACUGCCGCUUUUCGGAAGAGGCGUCGCUGAAGAGACACUCCCUCCAAAUGCACAGCGACAAGCCCUACAAGUGUGACCGUUGCCAGGCCUCCUUCCGCUACAAAGGGAACCUUGCCAGCCAUAAAACUGUGCACACAGGCUCCGUUCUGUUUGUCGAGACAGGCGAGAAGCCGUAUCGCUGCAGCAUCUGCGGGGCCCAGUUCAACCGGCCGGCCAACCUGAAGACCCACACGCGGAUCCACUCGGGAGAGAAGCCCUACAAGUGCGAGACCUGUGGGGCGAGGUUUGUCCAGGUAGCACACCUGAGAGCUCACGUGCUGAUACACACCGGCGAGAAGCCCUACCCGUGCGAAAUCUGUGGGACCCGAUUCCGGCAUCUGCAGACCCUCAAGAGUCACCUGCGAAUCCACACUGGGGAAAAGCCCUACCAUUGUGAAAAGUGCAACCUGCACUUCCGCCACAAAAGCCAGCUGCGCCUCCACUUGCGCCAGAAGCACGGCGCCAUCACCAACACCAAGGUGCAGUACCGCGUCUCGACAGUGGAAGGCGCCGCUGAGCUCUCGAAGGCUUGCUGAAGGAAGGACCUGUUUCUCGGGAGAAGAGGGUCUGGCUUAGGAGGAGGAGGAAGGGCAGUGGGGGCGAUGUCCAAAGGAAACUUGUAACACUUUAGGGGGGGGGACGGGACAAAAACUUUAUUAUUCUUUAUUGUCACACAAUGGAGUGCCUCUCGAAGCCCGGAGUGCAGUUGCAAAGGAGGAAGAGCGAAAUAGUAUAAUGACACGGGUUUUACAUUUCCUUUUUGUUUUUUCCUGCUUCCCAGUUAUGUGAAUUUUCAAAAAAGUAUAUAUAUAUAUCUAUAUAUCUCUCUCUAUAUAUCUAUAUAUAUAGUCAGAGCGACAUUUUGUGUAUGUGUGUGUGCGUGAGUGUUUACGUGCAAGAGAGUUUGGGUUUUGGAGCUGGGGGGGGGGG